GUAGAGUCAAAAUUAUACUCAAAAAUGGAGGACACAAAAAAUGCAGCUCCUCCAGACACACGGCGCAUCGCCAUUGUCGGGAGUGGCCUUGCUGCGGUGGCGUGUGCCAGGAGACUUUGUGAGGCUAUCAAGCUGGGAAGGGGGAAUCAGAAGGAAAAAGUAACACCGACAACACACGUCUAUCUCUUCACCGCUCGUGGAAAGUUUACUACGCAGAUGCACGGUGCCAGGAAUCAAGAUUUUUGUAAACCAAAGCAGCCAUUUUACGAUUACGGGUGUCAGUAUAUCACGACGUACAAGGGCAGUCCAUUUUGUGAGGAAAUUGAAGGGAAUUGGCUUGCAUCAAACACGGGAAAGAAUGGCAAUGGUCACGGUGGUCCUUUGGUACAAGAACUCGACCUCAAUGUUCGUAGAGGAAAUAAGGCUCGGGAGCUUGGUGGUGUCUCUGAUACGACAACAUUGUCAAGUGGAAUCCGACUGCGGAAAGCUGUUGUUCCUCCAGGGACGACUACUUCUAGUACUGCCAUCAAAACGAGCGACGUUAUGGUCGCCACUUCCGAAGAGCAGGCUGACCAAGUCCUCGUGCGUGGUUUUUAUUCCUCUUCUGGUAUGUGGAAUUUAAUCCUUGCACUUUUCCAGAAGCUGGAGCAAGAUUUUCCAGGUAUUGUAACUGUGGUUCGUGGUUUUCCGAAGGAAGAUUUGAUGGUGAAAGGGCUGGUUCAGCAUGAGUGCCAGCAUAAGGAAAGAGGCCAGGCUGCAAAGUGUUGGUCCUUAAAACUCGGGAAGCGAAGACCUCAGCCAACGCUGACGUUCGAAACGUUGGAGCAACUAAAAGAUAGUUCGGGUUCGUCGAAAAAAGUAGGUCCAGAAAGAGGGUCUGCAUCCGGUCCUGUCUUUUUCGACGUCGUUAUUGGAGCAUUCUCACAGCACGUACUAUUCGAACCGUUUCUAAAGAGUGCUGUGAAGGAUGACGACGUAUCUACUGGAGGAGGAGGAGAAAGAGGUGCUAGAAGUGUGAUUACUCCCUGUCAAGACUUGCUGGAAAAAUUGGUCAAGUCGAGAUGCAAUCAAAUGAUACCGAUGCAAGUGAAAGUGAGGUUUAAGGAAGGUUUAGGUGUCCCGAAAUGGUUGGGGAUGCACGUGGUUCCAGAAGUAGCACAAACAGAAAACGAGACAACUUCUAUUAGAACUAUAUCCUCGAUGUCUGAUGGGGGGUUUCCCAUCUCGUUUGUGGGAAACAAUACCGUAAAGCAAGAAGGAACAGGUGGAGGUACUCCAGCACAAGUACGUGCGUCCGAGUCGAAGCCCUCCUCAAGUCAAAAGAAUACCCGUUGGGGCGCAAAGAAACAGAAGAAAGAUGCUGGUAUUGGAGAUGCAUCACAAGAUUUUCAGGAAACUGCACCAGCAGUCUCAACGAAAAUAGCCUAUUUAACUGUCCUCUCUACCGCUGCAUACGCUGAGUACGAGUUCAACUUGGGCACAAGACAAGGCUACCGCAAGUCUGCAGAGAAGGUCCUUAUCAAAGCUCUGGAUGAUUUGCUUUUCGCUGAUGCAGGAUCAGCUUCACCAACAACAGCAUCAACAUCUACAUCAACAUCUACAUCAACAUUUACAUCAACAUUUACAUCAACAACAUCAACAACAUCCUCUACAUCAUCGUAUACAUCUUCAACUAGCCUAAAAAUGAUAGCAGAUUACGAAGUCAACCGCAUCCUGCAUUGGGAGGAUGCUGUGCCUGUGAAUGCGGUCAGUGAUUCUAGUGGCGAAGAAGGUUCAGGUUCAGGCUUAGGUUCUUCAGGUUGUCUCUUUGACGAAACGAAUUCUAUUGCUUGGUGUGGAGACAUCUGUGUCGCGCCCUGUGCGGAAGGGGCUUGGUUGAGCGGCUGUAACAUGGCAGAUCGGACUCUGGUAGCGAUGGGUCUGCCAGGACUGGAGAAAACGCGUGUGGAAGAAGUCAAAGCGGGGAUUGCUAUGGUGCCUGGUGAAGAAUUCUAGAUCAUCUCAUCUUGAUAUUCUGCGUUCGUGGAUCCAUUGCAUAACCUGCUGAAGUACUUAUAUAAACUCACUUAGAUUUUACUACAAAGCAAACAAUACACGGCAGGCCCGAAGACUCUAACAUGAUAUGCCUCCCCUUCUGCUUCUAACCCAAAGCGCAUCCGCAACGAUGAUCAAAAGUACAGUUCUACGGACAUUGGCGUCUUGGGUGACCGUAGAACUGUACUUUUGAUCAACAUCGCCCAAAGCAGUCUUGGGUGACAGGAAUACGCAUUUUUACGACUACUUGGCAGAGAAAGGCCGUACUUCUGGAAAAAGCGGGUUUGAUCCGGAAGGUGGCGUAGCUGGGAAGGGGUCUUUUUCAAAGGCUGGUUUGAAUUCGUCGUCUAGUGCUAACGAUCGUGGUGGAACAAAGGGUGCAAAAACUAAUUCAGGCAAUUUUAAAGCUGGCAAGAAAAAAGGUGGAAAGGGCAAGGGAAAGAAGAGUGGAGGUGGAAAGGAUUCUGAAAACGGGGGCGGAGGGAAGGGUAAAGGGAAGAGCAAAUAGAAAAUCGCUAUGUAUCAUAUGAGAUGUGGCACAAGAACAGGUUCAACAUCAGGGAAAUUCGUAGAACUCAGAAGAAACUCAGGGAAGUCGUAUGCCCAACCCGAACCGACUAGCAUCAUCAUCAUGGUGCAACGUGGCGCGUUUCUAAGAGCGAGCGCAGUUGUGUCUUAAGUGAGAACGUCAGAGCUCUUCUGCUUUUCGUCGCUGGAUUAUGUGCAGUAACUUCCAGUACGACUGGUUAGGGUGACGGUAAGCAUUGACUAUUUUGUGCAGGUAUUAAUUUGCUUAGAUGUAUCCCAAAGUUUGACUUUCCAACACUUUCUUCAGAGACCACUCUAUGAUGUAGUCAUGCUAAAGUUCUUUCGUCAAUGUAGAGAAAGAAAU